AACCGGCUCUUGCCCAGAGCCUCUUCGCCCGUUUACCUGUGCGAUUCCGGUCCGUGCGAGACGAGGCUUCCGGAGAUGGCGGCGGCCGCCUCUUCCUCCGCCGCCGCAUCCGCCUCGUCCUCCGGCAGUGGCCGCAGAAACCCUGCGGCGACGGCGGCCGGAAGCGCAGACGCUGCGUGCGCUUGCCCCAUCUGCCUCGAAGCCUUCAAAGACGAGGCCUACCUCGACACCUGCCUUCAUUCAUUCUGUUACAAGUGCAUAUGUCAGUGGGUAAAGAUUGUGGCGAGCAAGCAUGAAGAACCUUUGUCCUCAGUGAGAUGUCCCCUUUGCAAGACUGUGAAUGUAUCUAUCAUUCAUGCUUUUGACGGUGAAACAUUUCAGCGGCAUUACAUAACGCAGGACCUGGCCAAGAGGUCAGUCCUAAUCUCAUUACAUCUUCUGGAUGCACACGAGUUGAUAUCACAGUUCUAUAACACAAAAGAUAUUUCAGACAAUAUGUCCAGUGUGCAACAGUACUGGAAGCAACGGAAGUACCUUCGGAAGAAUAUGUGGCUUGAAACUUGGCUGAGACGGGAAAUUCAGGCCCUCACACAGGACGAAAAUGUGGAGGCCAUAGUUCACCACAUCCAUGGUGUGAUUGAGUCUUUCAUGAAAAGGCAAGAAAAACCACAUGCUUCAAAGAAGAUAUCGCUGGAGAAUACAAGGGAAGAAUUCAAGAGCCUGCUUUCUGAUGCUGCUAGGCCAUUCCUCCUUGGACGAACAUCGCGGUUCGUUGCAGAGGUAGAGCUCUUCCUGGUAUCGCAAAUGAACAUUGAUGCAUACAGCAGAGUCCGUGUCAAGAGAUUCAAGGAGUCCGCUUCGCAUCUAAGAAGAGAGCAGGAUGCACUGCCGCAGGACCAGCCUCUCGAGGAUCACUACUUAUACUUUUUAAGUGAUCAGAUAGAUUGCGUUGGCGGUGAGAUGUAGUGAUCUGCCACAUUUAUUCUGUAGAUUCAGCCAGUGUUGUAUUUCCAUGUUCAACCAUAGAUCGCAAAGAUUAACUUCCAAUGUGCUCUUAUUCUCACAGUUCAAUAUGCUAACAAGUUUGCAGAGCUGUUCCAUUUAUGGUA